UUUUUAACCCGGAAGUACGGUAUUUAAUCGACAAGUUAAACAUUUGACAGUCCGCACGUGUUUACUGCUGUUGGACGUUCAUAAAAUCAUGCAUUUAUUAAAGCAUAUGCUUAAGCUACAUGUACAGCACAGAGUAAAUGUACGAUGGAUUCAUAGGUCUGCAACCCGAUGCCUGCCCAUGGUUCCUAUAGUGAUUGAACAGUCGGGACGAGGAGAACGUGCAUAUGAUAUAUUCUCUCGACUACUCAAGGAGAGAAUAAUCUGCAUUAUGGGACCAAUAACUGAUGACCUCUCCAGCUUAGUUGUUGCUCAGUUAUUGUUCUUACAAUCCGAAAGUAACAAGAAAGCAGUCCACAUGUACAUUAACAGUCCAGGCGGUUCAGUGACUGCAGGUCUUGGAAUAUAUGACACAAUGCAGUAUAUCCAGCCUCCAAUAGCCACAUGGUGUGUUGGUCAGGCAUCCAGUAUGGCAUCACUUUUACUCUGUGCCGGAAGCAGUGGAAUGAGGUACUCGCUGCCAAAUUCACGUGUUAUGAUACAUCAGCCAUCAGGCCAUGCAGUGGGACAGGCGACUGAUAUUCAGAUACAAGCAGAGGAAAUAAUAAAACUGAAGAAACAAAUAAAUAAUCUUUAUGUAAAACACACCAAGCAGCCUUUACUAGUAAUAGAACAGAGUAUAGAGAGAGACCGAUUUAUGAGCCCACAUGAAGCAAAGUCCUUUGGUUUAAUUGACUCGGUUUUGGAACAUCCACCCACAAUUGAUGAGGAAAUACAAAACAAAUCGUGAUAAUUGUUAAUUUAUUUCCUGAAUGCUGAAUAUAACUUCAAUCGGGUCUAAUACAGUCCGUUGAUUGACAGUUUCUGUGAUUGAUCUGGGGUCAUGUACGUCUAAUAACAAGAAACCUGGGAUCGACUUUAUUGCCAUCAUUACUGUUGGGUGACUUUGCAUUUAUCAUAUGACAUUCAAAAAAAAAAAAUCUAAAUACAUAACACUUCUGAGUCUUGAAAUGGAUUGCAUUUAUUUAUGGUAAUAAGUCUUGAAAACACACUUGUAUCCACAGGUGCAACCCCAGUUUCCAAUAUCACCAUCCAGCAAUUAAAUAAUUGACUACUCUGUACUUCCAUAUACUCUGGAACCUCCAUAUUAUAUACUAUUCGACCAAUAUUUGGUGCUAAUUUGUGUUGAAUUUAUUUGUAAACUCGGCUUGAUUCUGAGUGGAAAUGUUAGUGAUUGAAAUGAUAUGCAAAAUGACAUUAAUAGCCAUGGUCAUUUGAGAAAGAUGUUAAUUGUGUGAGAGUUUAAAAAAACAAAAAAAUCUAAAUCGAUGUACUACUACAUAUUUAUGAAAUUUACGAUAAAACAACAAAAGAAUACAAAAUGUAAUUGAUUUUCCUUCUUCUUUUUUUGAGUAUAGUAUGAAGUGUAACAUAACGCUCCAUGCUUAUAUAACUUUAAAGUCUAGAUCCAAGACUUGAAUCAAAAUCUUGUUUAUACCAGCUGCAUAUACUGGUAGUUAAAGUCUGGAGACUGCUAAGCUCUUAAGUCUUGGCAUUAAAGUUUUAUGAUGGGUCCAUAAAACUUCAACACUGUCAGUUUUCAUUUAACUUGAUUCAAAACAUUUCCUUUGGUAACAGGGAAAUACACUGAAAUGUCUGACAAUAGAGUGGAAGCAUUAUAUAAUUAGCAGCCGCCUUUAAAAAGAAAUAUACAAAAAUAUUAAUAAUCUCUGAAUAUUUAAUAAGUAGGAUAUUGCGAUACUGAAAAAAACAUGAAUAUUUUGUUUAUCAAUGUGUAUGAUGUCUAAUGCUGGCAAUAUUAGUAUCAUACACUUGUACAUUUACCUGGAAACCUAGCAAAUGUGUCCAGGACAGACAUUCUUGAACCAUUAGGGGAUGUAAGCAGUUUGGGUGAUUGAUUGACAGGCUAAUCUAGAUAGUGUUAUUACUUAUGCUGCAAGGACAAUUUGAAUAAUGAAUAAAUGGCUUUGUUGUC